AUGGCGAAGACACUGAUUUCUUCUCCAUCAUUCAUCGGUACUCCACUUCCUUCACUUCAUCGCAGUCUCUCCUCGAAUCGCACCAGGAUGUUCACCAAAGUUCAAUUCAGUUUACACCAACUCCCUCCAAUUCAAUCCGUAAGUCAUUCGGUUGACUUGUCCGGAAUCUUCGCUAGAGCUGAAGGUUUACUUUACACGCUCGCCGAUGCUACUGUUGCGGCGGAUGCUGUUGGUUCUAGUGAUGUUGCCGUGCAGAAGAGCGGAGGUUGGUUCGGGUUUAUUUCUGAUGGAAUGGAGUUUGUUCUCAAGGUGUUAAAGGAUGGUUUGUCUGCCGUGCAUGUGCCUUACUCAUAUGGAUUUGCUAUCAUAUUACUCACUGUUAUUGUUAAGGCUGCUACACUUCCCUUGACAAAGCAACAGGUUGAAUCAGCACUAGCUAUGCAAAACCUUCAACCUAAAAUUAAGGCCAUUCAAGAAAGAUAUGCCGGCAAUCAGGAAAGAAUACAACUUGAGACUUCAAGGCUAUAUACCCAGGCUGGGGUUAACCCGUUGGCAGGUUGUUUACCAACCUUGGCUACUAUUCCAGUCUGGAUUGGUCUAUACCAAGCUUUAUCUAAUGUGGCAAAUGAGGGAUUGUUAACAGAAGGUUUCUUAUGGAUCCCUUCUCUGGGUGGUCCCACUAGCAUUGCUGCUAGACAAAGUGGAUCUGGAAUUUCUUGGCUUUUUCCGUUUGUGGAUGGCCAUCCACCUUUGGGUUGGCCGAACACUGCAGCAUAUCUUGUUUUACCUAUUCUUCUUAUUGUUUCUCAAUAUGUUUCAAUGGAAGUCAUGAAACCCCCUCAGACAAAUGAUCCUAAUCAAAAGAGUACACUUGUUAUUUUAAAGUUUCUCCCACUCAUGAUCGGCUACUUCUCGUUAUCUGUCCCAUCUGGACUAACAAUUUACUGGUUUACAAAUAAUGUCCUUAGCACAGCUCAACAAAUAUGGUUGCGCAAACUAGGAGGUGCAAAGCUCGCUGUUAAUGAAAAUGCUGGUGGAAUUAUUACUGCUGGACGAGCUAAGAGAUCAGCUUCUAAGCCAGAAAAGGGUGGUGAAAGGUUUGCACAGUUAAAAGAAGAGGAGAAGAAGAAAAAGCUACUUAAGGCACUCCCAGUGGAGGAAGUUCAGCCUUUGGCGUCUGCUUCAGCUUCUAAUGAUGGCUCAGAUGUAGAAAACAACAAGGAACAAGAAGUUACAGAAGAGUCGAACACUUCUAAAGUUAGCCAAGUGGCUCAAAGUUUUUCUAGGGAAAGAAGAAGUAAGCGUUCAAAGCGGAAGCCUGUUGCAUGA